AUGUCGAUCGUUAAACGUCGAGACUUUCCAUUCGUUAUGUUUAUUCUAACCGUAUUAAAAGACACCAUUCACAUUCAACCGUACAAUUUUCAAAAACCCAAGUUCGAGGCUUUAACCGAUGAGAUCAAUCGAAUUUAUGCAAAUAAAGUAAUUCAAGAAGUAGGCCUCUGUAUUUGCUUAUACGACAUUAUUUCUGCAAGUGAAGAAAUAGUUCAUUAUGGAAACGGUGCAAGUUAUGCAAAAGUCACUUUUCGCUUAAUUGUGUUUCGACCAUUCAUUGGCGAAAUACUUGAGGGAAUGGUAUCGAGUAAUACAACGGAAGGUGUUAAAGCUAAAAAUCUAAAUUAUCAAGUGACGCUGGGUUAUUUUGAUGAUAUACUUAUUCCAACGAAUCAAGAUGACAGGUGGAAAUUUGAUCACGAAACUCAAGUUUGGGUAAGAUUAUGGGAUAAUGUAGCUCCUGAGGAAGACUGGGAAACUGUAGAGGACAAAUAUCUUUACAUGUACAUGGAUAAAGACCUUCCCAUAAGAUUUCGUGUCAUAGACGAAAAAUUUACAGAUGUUGGCACAAAAGGCCCACCACCUAAGAGGACAGGUGCGGUGGCUGGACAAAAAGCUCCGAUGCCCGCGUCUUCAUCUUUGCCUUCGGAUGUUAUGAUUAAUCCAAUUGCCGUAGAUUCUUCUAAUGAGUCGGGUGCUGGCAAGAUAACACCCGGCGCUAUGGGGACGGGAUCGAAACCAGGUCCCUCUCAAUCUUCAACGAUGUUAGGUAAUAAGCCUACUUUAUCACUUACCAACAUAAAACAAGCACCAUAUGAGUUGAUUGGUUCGAUUGCGGAACGAGGAUUGGGUGCGACUGUAUGGAAUUGGAGUGCAUAA